AUGCAAGACUCCGCGAUGAACUAUUAUCGCCGACUUCGCCGGAAGACCAAUCCGGCAUUCCCGCAUCGUGUGCCGGUAAGUCCAGCCACCCGUGCGGACGUUCGCCUUGCUCAUCACCACACUGCAGGAUCGCUAUGCGAAUUCAUGCGUGCCACCAGACAGUGGACGCUGCUCCGGGCUAUGAUGCAGUUCGGAUUUGGUCCGAAAUGGCGGGGGGAACCGGGGACGGGCGAUCUUGCACUAUUCUGUGCUGCCUGCCCACAGCCGGAGUGA